AUGACAUGUUCAAAAAUAUUUUCAGGAAAUCUACCUGAAUUAACAUAUGAAAUUGUACAAUACUUUCGAAAUGACUUUUCGACAUUACAUUCAUGUAUUUUAGUUAAUAGAUUAUGGUGUCGUUUGGCAAUUCCAUUAUUGUGGGAGGACCCGUUCUCAAAGGAAUAUCCUAAAAAUUAUCAUUUUAUUAAUAUUUGCUUACACAAAUUAAAUGAUGGUGAUAAAAUAAAAUUAAAUGAAUAUCGAUUUUUUACUGGUUCAUCGUUUCUUUCAAAUACAUUAUUUAAUUAUCCUAGUUUUAUUAAAUGUUUAUCUAUACCUAAAGUUUAUAAUUCUAUUGAAUCCUGGGCUAUUAAAAAUUUUUUAUGUGAUGUAACUGAUGUUAUAUUGCGAAAUUUUAUUUUCUCAUUAUUAGUCAAAAUAUUUAUUGAAAAUGAAGUUAAUUUACAUACUUUUGAACUCGAAAUCUCUAAUCUUAUAAUUCAGUGUUAUGAUGAUUACUUUAAUACAGCCCUUCAGUUAAUCCUACAAAAUCCAAAAUUCAUUUGUAAUGUUAAAAAUUUAAGUAUUCGUUUAAGUUAUCAAAAAGAUAGCUAUUUAUCAUCAUUUAUAAAAUAUUUUUACUCUAAUUGCACUUCAAUUUCAUCAGUUUAUGUUCAUUCUUUAUCAUAUAAUUACAUUGAAAAAGAUUGUCUAUUCAAAUUGAUUAAUUCACAACAAAAUCUCAGAAAAAUUUAUUCUUUUAAUAGUAAUUUAAAUUUAAAUGUUACUAAUUAUUCAAAUACCUUAAAAACAAUUACAUUUCAUUGUAUUCAAUUAAAUAGUUUGAAAGUUAAUUUUGAACAACUAAAUGUUUUGGAAUCUAUUCAUAUUCUUUAUUGUAGUUCUUUAGAUUCUACUUUUUUUCAACAAAUUAUUAAUCUGACUAAACCGUUUAAGUUAAAAUCUUUAUUUAUAGAUGAACGUUCUAAAUUACAAAUUGAAUCAUUAAAGUUAUUAUUACAAAAGUCGGGUAAUUACUUAGAAAAUAUUACAAUUAAGUUAUAUAAUAGUGAAUAUAUGCUACAAUUAUAUAAACUAUUGGAAAUUUAUUGUGACAAGAUCAAAUUUUUAGAUAUAUUAUUUAAAAAUGAUAAAUAUAUUUAUUUGGCACUUGAUUUAAUUAAGAAUGUUCAACAAAAUCUUAAUUACCUUUCUAUUUAUUUAAUCCGACCUAAUCGUAAACUUGAAUCAAUUAUGUUAGAAAAUUUAGAACAAAUUCUUCCUCGUAGGUUAGAAUAUUUAAAAUUGGAACAUAAUUUUAGUGCAAAAGGUUCGAAAGUAUUAUUUAAAAAAUUACAAAAUAUUUUUAUUAAGAAAUUAUUAAUCGGAAAUCCAGCAAAUUCGUAUGAUACUUUUGAAAGUGAAGAUAUUUUACUUCAUAUUAAGAAAUACAUUAUGAAAGAAAAAAGGAUCGAAUAUUUAGCUAUGAAAGAUCUUUACAAAAGACGUGAAAAGAGAGAUUUGUUUGAUUAUAAGAAUGUAGUGAAAGAAUUUAAAUUUUAUGGUAUUCACGUUAAAGAUUAUGAUGAUUUAUGUAUUGGUGACGGUGAAAAUAUAAAAACGGAUUAUAUUGGUUAUGAAUUCUUAUGA